AUGAAGGCAUACGUCGUUGAAAAGUUCAUUGAGGUCCCAGAAGACCUGACCUUGACAGAGACAUCUGAUCCUGAAUGUCCAGAAGAUGGAAUGGUCAUUGAGGUCAGAGCUAGUGGUAUAAACUUCGCCAACCUCAUGUUUUGUCAAGGCAAAUAUCAAGUCAAGCCGAAAUUACCGUUUAUUCCUGGUAGUGACGUUGCUGGGAUCAUUGUCCAAAUUGGCCCCAAAUGCCCAAAACCAUUCGCACUCGGUCAACGUGUCUUUGGAUCAGGAGCUUCUUAUUGUGAAUACGUGGCUCUAAGACCGAGCCAAACAGUCGUAUUUCGGGUACCUGGAAAUAUCAGUAUGGCGGAAGCUUGUGCCCUCCCAACGAACUUCCCUACCUCAUGGAUUGGACUUGUGAAUCGUGGACGAUUAGCUAGAAAGGAGGUUGCGCUUAUUCAUAGUGGUGCUGGUGGAAUCGGAAAUUCUGGCAAGCUGCGUUUGAAUCCCAUCCAGAUUGCAAAACAUUUGGGCGCCUAUGUAAUAGCUACAGUCUCAUCAGACGACAAGAUGGAGGCCUGCAGAGAGGCAGGAGCAGAUGUUGUGCUAAACUAUGUCGCAGACAAAGACUGGCCUGAAAAAGUUAAAGAAAUCACACGGAAUAUUCCUGGAAGGACUAGAGAAGGUGCUGAUGUGGUUUUAGAUCCAACCGGACUUAUAAUCCCAUCCACGAAAUGCACCGCUUGGAAUGGACGUUUGCUAGUUGUUGGAUUUACCGGUGGAAACAUUGAAAACAUACCGACAAAUCGACUCCUGCUUAAAAACAUAACUGCAAUGGGAGUCUACUUGAAUGGCUACCGCCCAAACUGGGGCUUCGCAGACGACAAACUUGAACCAGAAAUAUUGGCCGAUGCCUGGGGUGGCAUCUUCCAGAUGCUGCAAUUUGGUCAGGCGAGAGAUGGAAAGCCGCCUCACCCUAUAUUAUACAGUGAAAAAUAUCACGGACUCGAAGAUAUACCGAGAGCCAUGCGAGAUGUCUCGCUAACACGAAAAACUUUUGGUAAAGUCGUAGUCACGCAUGGACCUGAAGAGCCAGAGCCUGAUCGUGGUGCUGGUGGAUGGCUCGCCAUGAUGGCGAAUCAGGAAGAGGAGGUGGAUGAUGAUGAUGAUGAUGAUAUAGAAUAG